AGGGACUUCAAGGAGCACGCCCAGCAGCAGAAGUCCACCCAGAACCGACUGAGGGAUCAGCGGCAGCAGGUGGCCCGCGCCAGGAAGUACCACCAGGACUACCACGUCCAACACCGCGCUCGUCUCAUGAAAGCUCGCACCAAAGAAGAGAAGAUGUUUCGACAGCUCUUUGAAGAAGGUUUGGAGAUGCAGAAGAGUCGCCUGCGGGAGCAGAGGGACUAUGCCACGGAGCAGAGGCAGCAGCACCACAGGCAACACCAGGACCACAUCCAGUCCAUGGAGAACUACUACAGAGACCAAGUAGGACACUACACACACCUGUUUAACAACACUGCCAUCACUCCAGCAGCACCGAGAGCGGACUCGGCCAAACUACCUCGAGGUGAAAUUGCAAUGUUCAAUGCCAGUAAAAAAAAACGCUCCAAUGUAAGCAAAGUAGAAUCCACUUUUCCAAAAAUUGCUAGCUCAAUGCUAAUAUACAUUAGCUUUGCUACUGACAUGCUAUUGAUCAGCAUUAGCAAUUUUACACGGCAAUUUCAACACCAGAUUGACUGUAAAGUACAUUUUAGUUGACCAAACAGCAGGUGCAUCAUUAUUGGCAGCACAGCAUUCUUCUUUAAUAACAACUUCUACUACAUUAAACUGCUUUUGUUUCAGAUCAUUCUAGACAAACAUUUAAUCAAGUCUAAUACAAAUAAGGCAACAAGAUGUUUUAUAAAGCAGAUAUACACCAUAUUGACACAAGUAGGUUUUAUAAAGCAGAUAUACACCAUAUUGA